UCCCAGCCGUAAUACUUUAGAGUAGGGACAUGAAUCUUGCUAUACUUCAAGAACACGAGCUCACAUAUUUAAUUUGUGUACACUUGAAAAUUUAGAAAAUAUUAUUUCAAUUCUCUCCUACUUUACUACUAUAUAAGACUUCAUUCCUUUACCAUACUUUCCAUCCAAAAGGUUUUUUUAACUCAUUAUCACUAAGAAAAGGAGAGGGAGCUAUAAACAAAGAAAAUGGAUUCAAGAAUGGCUCAAAGAUCAUCAUCUCCUUCAUCAAGUGACAACAAUGGCUUUAUCCAAGCAGUUAUAAUGGCUCUAGUGGUAACCGUUAUACUUGGCUAUUUUCUGGUUUUGAUCGUAUCACCAACCAAUAUGUAUUAUCUUAUAUGGACACCCAAGAUUAAAGCUCGGGCAGCCACUUCCACGUACUUUGGAGCUCAAGGAAUGUCAUUGUUGUUGGACACGUUUCCUUUCUUAUUUAUUGCUGUCUUGGGGUGUAUAUACCUCCACUUAAGGAAGAAAUCCAGUGAUAAAAACACCAACAGAGUUGAGGGAAAACAAAAGUUGGCAAUAUGGAGGAGACCGAUAAUAGUGAAGGGGCUAGGGAUUGUUACAAGGAUUGAACUUUGCUUUUUUGUAAUGUUUAUCGCACUCUUAGUCUGGUCUUAUGCGUCUUACUUGCACGCUGCCUUUCCCUUUAUCACACCACAGUCUGUUGCCGAAAGUGGGCAGAAAGUAUGGGAAGUCAAGCUUGAAGAAGCAGGACUGAUGUUAGGACUUGUAGGAAAUGUAGUGCUUACAUUUCUGUUUGUUCCAGUUACAAGAGGUUCCUCAGUGUUGCAACUCUUUGGUCUGACUUCUGAAGCAAGUGUUAAAUACCAUAUAUGGCUUGGCCAUAUUGUAAUGACCCUUUUCUCUGCUCAUGGAAUUUGUUACAUUAUCUAUUGGGCUGCCACUCAUCAAUUGUCUGAGAUGCUUAAAUGGGCAAAAACCGAUAUCUCAAAUUUGGCUGGAGAAUUGUCACUGCUUUCUGGAUUGGUUUUGUGGAUAGCAACAUUCCCUCGCAUUAGGAGAAAGAUGUUUGAGCUCUUCUUCUACACUCACCACCUCUACAUUCUCUUCGUCGUCUUCUUUGUUUUCCAUGUUGGCGUCUCUUAUGCUGGAAUUAUGCUUCCCGGUUUCUACCUCUUCAUUGUUGAUCGAUACUUGAGAUUCUUACAGUCGCGAUCAAAUGUUCGUUUGGUCUCAGCUCGAGUUCUACCAUGUGAAACUGUUGAGCUAAACUUCUCCAAGAGUAAAGGUUUAAGUUAUACACCAACUAGCAUCAUGUUUGUGAAUGUACCUAGCAUUUCAAAAAUGCAAUGGCAUCCUUUUACAAUCACUUCAAGCAGUAGUUUGGAGGCAGAUAAGCUCAGUGUUGUCAUUAAGGGUGAAGGAAGCUGGUCCAAGAAGCUUUACCAGAUUAUUUCUUCCCCUAAUUCUGUCGAUCGUCUUAAUGUCUCUGUUGAAGGACCUUAUGGACCUCCUUCCACACAUUUCCUAAGGCAUGAUUUAUUGGUUAUGGUGAGCGGCGGGAGUGGAAUCACUCCUUUCAUCUCCAUAAUAAGGGAGCUAAUCCACACAAGUGAGUCACAGAAAUGCAAGACACCAGAAAUCCUACUCAUAAGUGUGUUCAAGAACUCACAAGACCUUACCAUGUUAGACCUUCUCCUUCCCAUUUCUGGUGCCCCAUCUGAAACUUCUAAGUUAGGCCUACAAAUUGAGGCUUAUGUAACAAGAGAAAAGCAAUCAACAACAGAAGACAAGAAGAACUUGAGGACCAUAUGGUUCAAACCCAACCCAUCUGAUCAGCCCAUCACUCCAAUUCUUGGCCAGAACAAUUGGCUUUGGCUUGGUGCUAUCAUAUCAUCUUCCUUCAUCAUUUUCUUGAUUUCCUUAGGGGCUUUGGAUAAAUACUACAUUUACCCAAUCGAUAAAAAUACCAACGAGAUCUACUCUUAUCCGAUAAAGGCUGUGCUGAAUAUGCUUCUCAUUUGCAUUUCCAUAGUCAUCACAAGUACUGCAGCAUUUCUUUGGAACAAGAAACACACUGGAGUGGAAGCCAACCAAAUUCAGAACAUGGAAGGAGCAACUCCAAUGGCUUCACCUAAUUCUUGGUUCUAUAAUGCAGAUAGGGAAAUGGAGAGUUUGCCCCAACAGUCACUUCUUCAGUCAACUAAUCUCCAUUUUGGUGAAAGGCCAGACCUCAAAAGGUUAUUGUUUGAGAGGAAAGAAUCAAGUGUUGGAGUUCUAGUGUGUGGCCCGAAGAAGAUGAGACAUGAAGUUGCAAACAUCUGUUCCUCUGGUUUAGCUUCCAACCUUCAUUUCGAGUCCAUCAGCUUCAGUUGGUGAUUUUAUUUUUUUUUAAAUUUCAAGAGACUAUAAUGCAUUAUGCAUAGAAUGACAAAAAAAUUCAUCCCUCCCCCACCCCCUACACAAAGGGAAAAAUAAGAUAACAGUAUCUUUUGUUGCGUGUGUUGUUAUGCUCCGGUUGAUUGAGCUUUUUCAAGUGCUCCUAUAACAAGUUUCCUUUGUUGUGAAAUGUAAAAGAUACUGUAUGUUCUCUGUUUUAAUCCAUAAAAGC